AGAGCAUUAUUUAAAUUUAGGGCUCCAGUCCUCUCUUAUUCCCAUCAGCAAUGGGGAUCAACGCAUUCAUGAUUAGCUUGAUCGGAGAUCAGACGGAAGUCGUUCCUGCCAUAGUCCUCCGAUGCACCGCCAUGCGAAUUACGACGUUCAAGCUACAGGGAAAAGAAAAAAGGAAAAGAAAGAGACAUAAAGAUAUUCAUAGUCCUUUUGUAGAUUCUAUACAUACGCACGGUAGUCGGUAAACACAAUAUGUUUUUAGCAUUUGAUUCCCAAAGCGGAUUCACGAGGUCCCUCAUCCUCAAUAUUCAUCUUUCUCGUUCUUAAAAAAAAAAGUUCGGGGAAAGAGAGAAAUUCUGUUUUUGCUCUCUGCUUUCAUCUUUUAUUCUCUCUUUCUAGAUCAUACUAUUUGAUUCCUGAGGCAGCAAAAAUUGAACACCUUUAUCUAUUUCUCCUCUUAGAAUCUUAUCAUCUCAGCUUCAGGGAAUCCUCAAUGUAUAUCCAUCUCUUUGCUUUGUAGAUAUAUCUAUUGUUCUUUUGCAUGUCUAUAUCUAUAUUUAUACCUGCACAAAUAGUUCUUUAUAAAUCACAGGAAUAACACAAAAAUUAAUAGUACGUAUUUCUGCAUUUGGAUUUUUCAUGCAAGAUAUUGCUGGUUCUUUCUGAGGAUUGAUUUGGGUUCGAACCAUUAAGAACCGAAGCUUUUAAAUAAUUCCGGGAUUAGCAAGAAUUUCCUUUCUAAGGUUCUCUAUUUGAAAGUAAUCUUAAGUUUUUUGUUUUGCUCCGCACCUUAAGUAUAAGCAUUUGUAGUUUCAGUAUUCUACCUUUGUUAUAUGUUUGUCCACUGGCCAUUUAAGACUCUGUUUGCCUGUGAUUAUUUUCGGAGAUUUAGGCAGUUGUGAAAUGUCUCUUGAACGGUAAGCUGAUCAAGAAUUUCUGCUAAGAUCUGUGAAGGGUUUUUCAAAGAUUUAUUAUCGUAUUCUUGAAAUUUUGGUUGUGGGGAUAUUCUGAAUUGAGAGUCGAAAAGGAAAAGAGGAGAAAAUGGAAAGGCCUCCACAAGAAGAUUUCUCGCUGAGGGAGACCAACCCGCUUCUUGGUGGAGGGAAGUUCAUCGGGGAUAAGCUCACAAGCACCUAUGACCUCGUUGAGCAAAUGGAGUACCUUUAUGUCCGGGUUGUGAAGGCUAAAGACUUACCUGGAAAGGAUGCUACGGGUAGCUGUGACCCUUAUGUUGAGGUUAAGCUUGGAAACUAUAAGGGUGUAACCCGUCAUUUUGAAAAGAAGUCAAACCCGGAGUGGAAUCAGGUGUUUGCUUUCUCGAAGGAUCGGCUUCAGGCCUCGAUCGUUGAGGUUACAGUGAAAGAUAAGGAUGUUGUGAAGGAUGAUUUUAUGGGUCGGGUUCUGUUUGACUUGAAUGUGAUUCCUAAAAGGGUUCCCCCAGAUAGUCCUCUGGCCCCACAGUGGUUUAGGUUGGAGGAUAGGAAGGGUGAUAAGGUUAAAGGAGAGGUCAUGUUGGCUGUUUGGAUGGGCACUCAAGCUGAUGAAGCAUUUCCCGAGGCGUGGCUUUCGGAUAGUGUAGCAGUUGGUGGUGUGGACAGCCUUUCGAGUAUAAGGUCAAAGGUCUACCCCUCACCUAAGCUGUGGUAUCUGAGAGUAAACGUGAUUGAAGCUCAAGACUUGCAACCAAGCGAUAAAAGUAGGUUUCCAGAAGUUUAUGUGAAGGCCAUUUUGGGAAAUGAAGGGCUUACUACACAAGUUUCCACGAGUCGGAGUAUCAAUCCUAUGUGGAAUGAGGAUCUGAUGUUUGUGGCUGUAGAGCCAUUCGAGGCACCGUUGAUUUUGAGUGUGGAAGACAGGGUUGCUCCCAACAAAACUGAAGUUCUUGGAAGAUGUGCAAUUCCUUUAAAGUAUGUGGACAAGAGGGUGGACAAUAAACCUGUCAAUACAAGGUGGUAUAAUCUGGAAAAACUUUUGGUUGAAGGAGAAAAGAAGGAAGGGAAGUUCAACAGCAAGAUUCACGCAAGAAUUUCUUUGGAUGGUGGUUACCAUGUUUUGGAUGAAUCGACUCAUUAUAGUAGCGAUCUUAAACCAACAGCUAAACAAUUAUGGAAGUCGAGCAUUGGGAUUCUCGAGUUGGGUGUUUUGAAUGCUGAGGGGCUAUCACCGAUGAAGACAGUAGAUGGUCAGGCAACGACAGAUGCUUACUGCGUUGCUAAAUACGGGCUGAAGUGGGUCAGGACGAGGACAAUUAUCAACAGUCUUUCCCCCAAAUGGAAUGAGCAGUACACUUGGGAAGUUUAUGAUCCUUGCACGGUCUUAACUAUUGGUGUAUUCGAUAAUGGAAAUUUGCCUGGUGGAGAAGGAAAGGAAUCGCGGAUAGGAAAGGUUAGGAUUCGGCUUUCAACUCUAGAAACAGAUCGUGUGUACACACAUUCAUAUCCUCUUCUAGUUUUACAGCCUUCGGGUGUGAAAAAGAUGGGUGAAAUUCAUUUGGCUGUGAGAUUUACUUGCUUGUCCUUAAUAAAUAUGAUGCACAUGUACUCACAACCGCUGUUGCCCAAGAUGCACUAUCAUCUCCCGUUAACUGUGCUUCAGCUUAACAAGUUGCGUCACCAGGCGACUGAUAUUGUUUGCGCGAAGCUGAGUCGUGCUGAGCCACCUUUGAAGAACGAGGUGGUAGGGUAUAUGCUGGAUCUGGGUGCGCAAGUGUGGAGUGUGAGAAAAAGUAAAGCUAACUUUUUCAGAAUUAUGGCGGCUUUAAGUGGGUUAAUUGCUGUUGGGAAAUGGUUCGAUCAAUUAUGCAAAUGGAAGAACCCCAUCACAACUGUCUUAAUUCACAUUCUGUUUUUAAUAUUGGUUUUGUAUCCGGAGCUUAUUCUACCAACUAUUUUCCUUUACUUAUUCUUGAUUGGAGUUUGGUACUAUAGAUGGAGGCCUAGACAUCCUCCCCACAUGGAUACUCGCCUCUCUUGUGCUGAUAAUGCUCAUCCAGACGAACUAGACGAGGAAUUCGAUUCGUUUCCAACUUCUCGUGCCUCAGAUAUUGUAAAAAUGAGGUAUGACCGUUUAAGAACCAUUGCAGGACGAAUUCAGACAGUGGUCGGAGACAUGGCAACACAAGGGGAGAGGAUGCAGUCUCUGCUGAACUGGCGCGACCCGAGAGCUACAGCUUUGUUUGUGAUUUUCUGUUUUGUUGCUGCCAUUGUUCUAUACGUUACGCCUUUCCAAGUGGUGGCCCUUCUCGCAGGGUUCUAUGUGUUAAGACACCCUAGGUUUCGUAAAAAAGUUCCUUCGGUGCCACUUAAUUACUUCAGAAGAUUACCAUCAAAAGCAGACUGCAUGCUGUAGUCUUUCACUCCUUGAAGAAGAUGCUGAAGAAAAUCGAGCUUGUUUACUCUGUUUCACCAAGCUGUAAAAUUUGAGUUAUUGUACGUUACUUUCAAUUUCUAACAACUCAAUUUGAUGGGGUCUUGAUGUUUUAGACCAAAAUAAAAUGUGAUCCUGUGUUGUAAUGUUGUUCUAGAUUUGUAAUUUAGUUGAAUAAGAUUGUCUGCUUUGGAUUCGGACU